AUGUCCACCAGGGAAGUGGCCAGAGGCAGGCUCAGCGGCAGGUUCUCGGCCUCCACGAAGCCGUGCAUCCUCCUGCCGAGGUCAAGGGCCCCCAGGUGGGCGCAGGCGCAGAGAACGCUCACCAUCGUCACCGUGUUCGGCCCGGCCCCGUCGCCUCGCAUGGCGCCGAACAAUGUCAGCGCCUCCCGGUACUCCCCUGCCUUCACGUACCCGUCGAUCAGCGCGCUCCAAGACACAACGUCGCGGCGCGGCAUCCGGUCGAACACGGCGCGUGCGGCCACCAUGUCGCCGCACUUGGCGUAA